UUGUACUUGGUAACUCCGCCCAGUGGUGUGUUUGCUUCCUUCUGCUUCUGUUUCGCUGGAGUUUAGAGACACAUUCAGCUACAAUGGCGAGCAGAAAGGAAUCACCAGCCAAAACAGGUCUGCUUGGGGAGUACAGGAUGAACAACAAGCAGCGAGGAUUGGCCCUUAUCUUCAACCAGAAACAUUUUCAACAAGAGUUACGUCUGAGAGAACGUGAUGGAAAUGAUGCAGACAAGACUAACCUCACUGAAAGAUUUCAGGAGCUCGGAUUUGAGGUGCAAUCUUAUGAUAAUUUAGAUGAGAAAAAUAUGAUGGACAGCAUACAGAAAGCGGCAAAGCGUGACCACAAAGAUGCCGACUGCUUCGUGUGUGUUUUCUUGAGUCAUGGAGAUGAGGAUCAUAUUUUUGCCAAUGACAAAAAGGUUAAUAUAAAGAAAAUAACAGAUCUCUUCAGAGGGAAUGAAUGUGAAAGCCUUGUAGGAAAACCCAAGAUCUUCAUCAUCCAGGCAAGCCAAGGCAAAAUUGCUGAAGAGGCUGUGACUGGGAUGGCUGCAGAUGAUGAUGAGAUCACUACUUAUUUCAUCCCAGCUGGAGCAGAUUUCCUCAUUUGCUGCAGUGUUGCUGAGGUGGACUGCAAUUUCUUCAUUCAGGAUCUGUGUGAGACACUGAAACACCAAGGCUCAACUCUGGAGUUCACCAAGCUGCUGACCCUGGUCAACAUGAAGGUGUCCACACGUACCCAGAGUAGCAAUAAGCAGAUGCCCUGCUUCACCUCCAUGCUUACCAAGAAACUCUACUUCAGACCCAAAGAGGAGCAAACGUCGACACCUUCUGGAUCUUCAUCCAUUCAGAGCUGAAUAAAUAUAUAUUUUACCACUGUAUUCAAGCCCAGGUCAGCCUCAGACCCUACAAAGUAGAAUAAAGUUGCCAGAUACUUUUAUUUCUCACUGAUUAAGUCAUCAUUAUUACAGACACAAUUCGAUUUUUUUUAUUUACAGCAUCCAUGGGGUAAUUAGAAUUAAAUGAAUGAACCCAGCAAAUAACACAUUUAUUAAGACUUAAAAAAUAGUUUUUUAAGUAAUGGGGCUCUGUUGUGGAUCUAUUAAUACAGGACAAAGCUACUACAGGAAAACCUAUUCUGUUUUCUUGCAUUUUAUUUUUAUGUCACUAUGUAAUUUUAUUUAUUCUGUACAUUGUACUUAUGUAAUACGAUGUAAAUAAUGCAAGUUAUAGCUGAACAAAAAAAAUAAACUAUAUUGUAAUUAUGGUUUAAAGCUGAAUAAAAAUCAAAUGUUAAAAAUGUA